CCUAAACACAUCCCUUUUUCUUUAAUUUUUUUUUUUUUGUAAAUACAAUUAAAAUGGAUGUCCAAUCUAAAGAAAAAGAAUUUCGAGAUGAAAAAAUUGAAUACGACAUACACUCAGUUGAUGAACAGGUUAUAGUAGACCAAGAUCCAACGACAAGACAUCUACACCCAGAAGAGCAUCAAUUCACAUUUCGUGCUGCUAUCAUCGGCUCUCUUUUUGGUUGCUUAGUUUCUGCCUCAAAUACUUACCUUGGUUUAAAGAUCGGUUGGUCAUUUGGCGCUUCACUUUUUGGUGCCAUCUUUUCAUUUGCUGUUCUCAAGCCAAUGUCCCGUAUACUGCCACCUAAAUGGGGCGGCGGUUAUUUCGGUCCCAAAGAAAACUGUACGGCACAAUCCGCUGCUACUACCGCUGGUGGUCUAUCUGCUGGUUUUGUGUCUGGUAUCCCUGCUAUGUACAAAUUAGGCUUAUUGACAAAUCCACGUGACGAUGCAGCUGCUCUCUUCCUUUUUGCUAUCUCCGCAGCCUUCUAUGGUCUCUUCUUUGCCGUCCCUCUUCGUAGCCACUUUGUUGUCAAGCAGGACUUGACUUUCCCUACUCCUCGUGCCGCUGCCACUACCAUCAUUUCUCUCCACAGUACUAUUGAAGGUGAAAAGGAAGCCAUGAAGAAAGCCAUGUGGAUGGCUCUCUGGUUUGGUGUUUCUUUCCUUUGGAAUCUCAUCGCUUACUGGGUUCCCUUCUUUGACACCAUUCACAUUCUCUACUGGAUCGGCUAUGGUGCCCAUCAAUAUGUACCUUUAAUCAGCGCAGAUAUGGAUUGGGGAUGGGUCUUCAAGUGGGAUUUCCCUUUCUUUGGUGCUGGUUUGAUGACACCCGGUUCUACCGUUCACACCUUCUUUUUAUCCUCUCUCUUGAUCUACGGCAUUAUUGGUCCCGUAUGCGUUACUAAUGGCACUUUUGUCAAACCAUUUGGCUUUACCGCAGCUGGUACUACCACUCAAUCUUUUUUCUUGUGGCCUGGUAUUGCUCUUAUGGUCCUUACAUCAUUUGCUGAACUGGCUGUCCGUUAUGAUACUCUCUGGCGUGGUAUUAAGGGUGGUGUUCUCGGUAUCUACAAUGGCCUCUUCUUCGUCUCUGCUUUCAUUAAACAAAAGGUGUUCCGCAAAGAGUUGAGUGAAAAAGAAAGACACAUGGUUAGUGCUGAACGUGACCCUGAUGAGAUCUUCGAAGACAGUGAACUUGUUCCUGCUUGGUGGUGGAUCACUGGUACCUUUAUCUCAAUCAUCUUUACUUGUGUUAUCAUGGGUGAAUUUUUUGGUAUGCCUGUCUAUCAAACUAUUGUUGCCGUUAUCCUUGGUUUCAUCUUCUCCUUUGUUGGUGUCCAAGCUGCUGGUGAAACAGAUAUUAACCCCACAGGUUCUAUUGGUAAAAUGUCCCAAUUGGUUUUUGCCAAGAUGCCUGCUAGCUCCAUCGAUCAAGUUCGCAAAAAUAACUUGAUGGCCGGUAACAUCUCCGCCUCUGCUGCUGCUCAGGCUGUUGACAUGGUUGGUGAUCUCAAGACCGGUCAGCUUGUCGGCGCUUCCCCUCGUUCCCAGUUCUGGGCUCAGUUUGUUGCCUCUUUCUUUGCCAUUGCCAUUGGUGCUGGUCUCUUCAUCCUCUUUGCUGAUGCUUAUCCCUGUAUCAUCAGUGUUGGCCCCGUUGAUACCAAAAAGUGUGAGUUCGGCCUUGUUGCUGUCAACGCUUGGUAUAAUGUCACCUUACUCUUGACUGGUGGUGGUGAACCCUUGAGCAAGGGCUCCAUUAUCCUUACUAUCAUCUGUGCCAUUGUUGGUAUCGCUGCUCCCUUCAUUCGUGAAUUUGUGAUUCCCAAGAAAUACCAUCGCUAUGUACCCUCCGUCUCUGCUAUUGGUAUUGCUAUGAUUAACAGUCAACCUGAAGUCCCCUUGUCCAUGUUCAUCGGUUGGUGUGGUGGUAAGAUCUGGAAGCUCGUUGAUCCUCUUGCUUGGGAUAACUAUAUGUACAGUGUUGCGGGUGGUAUGAUUGCUGGUCAAGGUAUCUCCGCUAUUAUUCAAGCUGCACUCAAGUUGGGUAAUGUUGCUCCCUACGCCUUUACUGGCUCAUGUCCUGAAGGUCUUCUCGAAAAUUGCCCUUAAUCCUUUUAUACAUAUAUGUAUCUACAUUACUACUACUCUUAAUACCGUAUUCUUUUUAUAAUUGACCUAAUAAAUAAAUACCUUUUUGAACAAUACAUCUAAAAGCAUACUAGUAUGUAGAAUGUGCAAAGUGCCACAAAGAGAGGGUUAAUGCGACAUUGACAUCAUAAUCACAUGAGCUGAACUUGAUAAAUGUAAGCAAGAUCCUGACUUGUCAAAGGGUUUAAGGAUAUCUGGCUACAGUUUUUCCCAGGAUGGACACUCUGUCCUUACAUGAGG